AUGGGGUUCCUUAUGGUUGUUCUAAUUAAAGGAGUAUUGUCUUUGGGAUCAUGUUGGACAAUUUUGCUCUUGGAUUUAGAGGACAUUGGGUUGCUAUAUCUUCCUGGGGGUGGUUUCGUUUGUGCAAGAGAAAGAAGAGUUUACCCUGCAUUUGGGGUAUGCAGGAGGAAGGUGUUGGUGUUGGUGUUGAUGAGGGAGAAGGGAUGUGACGCAUCAAUCUUAUUUUAUGGACCUUCGACUGAGAAAUUUGCUGGCCCUAAUUUGAGUGUUAGAGGAAACAAGUUUAUUGACUCUUUGAAGGAUAUAGCAGAAGAAGAAUGCACAGGGGUUGUUUCUUGCGCUGAUAUCAUCGCUAUUGCUACUAAAAAGCUUAUCAAGAUGGGUGGAGGACCAGAUUAUUUAGUACAAACCGGGAGAAGAGAUGGACUUAUAUCUGAAGCCCAAGAUGUGAGCCUACCAAGCCCCUUCGGAUCUGUCAGACAAAGUAUAUUAGCCUUUGGUGACAAAAACUUUUCUCCAGAAGAAAUGGUUGCUCUUUUUGGUGCACACACGGUUGGAAUUUCGCAAUGUAUUUUCUUUCAAGAUCGUUUGUACCAAGGGACAAGCGAAUUUGACCCAAAAAUGGAUCCAAACCUUCGCCGACAAUUGAUUCCUACUUGUCCUCAAGGCACCAAUUCAAACAACUUCACCUUUCUUGAUCAAAAUUCACAAAGCUCAAACAAUUUUGACAACUCUUUCUUUGAUCAAAUUCUCAAGCAGCGAGGAAUCCUCGAAAUUGACCAAGAGUUAGCUCGUGAUCCUCGAACUAGAGGCUUUGUUCUAAGAUUUGCUCGAAAUGCUGCCUUAUUCAGUGCAAAAUUGGUAAGUGUUAUGGUUAAAAUGCAAGCCCUUGACGUCCACCUUGGCGAUCAAGGCCAAAUAAGAAAGGUUUGUAGUAAGGUAGAUUAA